UUUCGGAAGGCAGCUGUUGGGAGGGCUACGGCACCACCCCGGAGAGUGUGCGUGAAAGACGGAGUUGGGCCUGAGAGCUUCAUCGCGCCGAGAAGUCGGGUUUGCCAUCCCGUCUGGGGGCCGGGGCUCUAAGCGGGGUCACGUGACUAUGAGCCACGGCCUCCUGACUUCUCGGGCUUCCAGGUUCCUUUGGAGCGCGCGCCACGCCUGGGUUGUGCUUCCGAGGAGAGCCCGAGAGGGUGGGGGUCCGGACCAGCCCCGCCGGGCGUCUCUCGAACCGCGGGCCCCGACCCGCCGCCGAGGCAAGGGACACGGGGCGCUGUGCCUGAGAGGCCCGUGACAGCGGGCCGAGUUCCAGAAGAACCUGCGACGCCCCAGGAGCAGGAAGGCGGAACGGAAAGCGAGAGGGACGGGCCGCCCGCCGCCUCGUCACUGCCUCUGUUAUUGCUGGCGGGCAGCGACGUUGGCGGAGCCACAACGCUCCCCGGCCGGGGCCUCGGGGCCCCUGCCGCAUCUCCCCCGGGAGCCGCACCUCGCCGCCCGGAGCCCCGACGCGUGCGGAGGGCGCUGCCGCCCCCGCAGUACGUGGGCCGCUAACUGUCCCGCGGCCUCUGCUCACAGACACGCAUGAGGCGCGCCUGCGCGAGCUCCGUCCGGGCGUGAGCUCCCGCCGGGCCGGGCACCGGCUGCUUCUGGCCCCCGGGCUACGCGGGCCGGAGUGAGAGCGGGCCCCGAGGCCCCCCCCUCCCGCUCUCCGGGAUUCCGGGAACGCUCGUAGCCCGGCGACCCCGCGAGGCGGGCGCGACGUUCCGAGAGAAAGAGGAGGGAGGGGAGGCGGAAACCCUCCUCCGAGGCCGGGAGCUCAGGCAGCGCCCCGCCUUCCGGGAGUCGCACCUGCCUCCCGGAGCCUUCUAGGCCAAUGGCCCCCCGGCUGCGGCUGCUGACCUGGGAUGUGAAGGACACUUUGCUUCGACUCCGUCAUCCAGUGGGGGAAGAAUACGCAGCCCAGGCUCGGGCUCAUGGGCUGCAGGUGGAGGCAGCAGCCCUUGGAUCAGCUUUCCAUGAGGCAUACAAGGCCCAGAAUCAGAAGUUCCCCAACUAUGGGCUAAGCAAAGGCUUCACCUCGAGACAGUGGUGGCUCGAUGUGGUCUUGCAGACGUUCCGCCUGGCGGGAGUGCAGAACUCUAGCGUCCUCAACACCAUCGCCGACAAACUCUACCAGAACUUCAGCAGUGCCGAGACCUGGCAGAUGCUGGAAGGGGCCGAAUCCACUCUGCAGCGGUGCCGAGACCGGGGCCUGCAGCUAGGUGUCAUUUCCAACUUUGACCGGAGGUUGGAGGACAUCCUGGCUCACUGUGGUCUCCGCAAGCACUUCGAUUUUAUUCUGACAUCCGAGUCAGCUGGCAGGGCCAAACCUGACCCACAGAUCUUCUAUCAGGCCCUGCGGCUUGCUGAUGUAGAGCCCACCCAGGCUGCCCACAUUGGAGACCAUUACCUGAACGAUUACCAGGCCCCGCGGGAGGUGGGCAUGCACAGCUUCCUGCUGGUGGGUACCAAGCGCCAGGACCCCUUCCCGGGAACGGUCCCUAAGGAAUACAUCCUGCCUUCUCUUCCCCAUGUUCUGGUUGCUCUCAACCAUCUGGAGGGCUCAGCUCCAAAGCACUGAACAUCGGUGGGGAAGGGAAGGUGGUAAAAUCCCUGCAAGCUGAGCCUACCAGGUGGGAGAAGGCAAUGAAAAUCUCAAGUAGUAGCACCUACUGUUGGAAACUGACCCCUUCUUCCCAUGUGGCCAGAGUGGGAGCUGUUCUCCCCUCAGCUUCAAUAGCAGGCUACCAUAAAGUCAAUGACCAUAAACUAUUGUGACUCCUUGUUUCUUCUUAGAAAUUAGAUCAAAGAAUAUAGAACUGGAAAAGGUCUCAAAAGUUGUUAUUUUUUGUGGAAAAAGCACCAAAGCUGAGUUGAAUCAAAAGGAUCUGGAUCCUAAUCCUAUCCCUGCUACUAUGUGAUCUUGGGCAAAAUAUUCUGGUCUUUCAUUCUCUGAGGUGUUUAUCAAACUAGAUCAUCUAUCAACCUCUUCUCAUCUACCCCUUUAUGCAAUCUGAUAUAAAUUAUAGACUAUAGUGUAUAGUUUUUACAUAUAUAGAGAGUUUAUAGGCCCCUUUUCAAAAUGUUUUUAAAUCCAUAAAAUAUAUAAGAUUACAAAUGAAACAAAUUACUUCAAAUAAUUAUUUUAGAAAACAAAAUUCAUGGAACCUCAGUUAAGACUCUCUAAACUAGAUAAUUUCUACCUGAUCUUGUUUGACCCCAUCAUAAAGAGGAAAUCCUAGAUCUAGAGAUAGAAGUGACCUCGGAUCAUCUAAUGCAAUUCUCAUUUUACAGGUGAGGAAACUGAAUCCAGCAAAGUUACCCAAGGCCACAGAAGUGUUAGAAUUGAGAUUUUAAUCUAGGUCUGACUACCAAUCCAAGGUCAUUCAAACUACAUUUCCAUGUUUCCUCUUACACAGUCUGGGUGCUGUGGGGUAAGGCUUCACUCCAGGCACUUCUAAUUCAGCUAGGAAAACCUGGGCAUCCAACAGACUACAAUACAAAGAACUACAGGAUUAGUUGUGAGGACCAGAAGCUGGAAGCACUGCAGCAGCUCUACAAGAGAGCUUUGUGUGGACCUGAACAGUCAGGGAAAGCCCCAAGGAGGUAUGGGAUUUGGGAGAGGAGGAAGACCAUGGGUAUGGGAGGAAAGAGGAAUAGAAUAAGGAUCCAAAGAACAGGUGGGGGGGUAGGAAGUUAGGUGAAGGGGACGAUGAAUGAAGGCCUGGCUGAGUUUAGACUUGAUUUGAGACAAAAGAGUCACUGGGGUUUGAGUUUGGGGGUGGGGAUGAACCCUAGAGUUGAGGGCAGCAGGAGGGGCAAAAAGGGAGGCAGACACCUUGGAGAAGGAAGGGUAGCCUGUUAUUCUGGCUUGGCCACACCUGACGUCAACUUCCUGGAUUCUUUUCCUGAGAUUCAAUUUCUUUGCUAUUGAGGACAUGACUUAUCAACUCAGUUCUGCCAUGGGCUCCCCGGUCUUUGAAGCCAAACAUUCACUGUGACCUGUUAUGCCUUGGCUAGCCUAACAGCCAUUUGAAAUGAUUGGAAGGGCAGUGAGCGUCAGGAGAAAGAACCCUGGCCUUCCUUGCAGUCAGAAAACCUGGGUCCAGAUACCAACUCUGACAUAGCUGGGCAAAUCUUAAUUCUGAGCCUUGGUUUCCUUAUUUGUGAAAAGGAGAGAAUAGUUGUGCUAUACUUCUUAGCUCACAAAGCCAGAGAGGUUUGUAAACUUUACAAAUACUAAACUAAAUACAACAAUUUAAAAAAAUGUA